AUGAUAUUUCAUAUUUCCUGUACAGACACUCUUAAUAAUAUUGAGAAUUCUAUCUCUAGAACAGCCUUCAAAUUACAGUCAUGGGAAACUCUAUGCCAGUUGGACUUGGUCAGCAGCACCUUGAUUCAGGAGGUCUUAGUCCAGCCACGUGUCUGGGAGGCCAAUGCAGGGCUCCUUUCUGUGCCACGGCUUUUUCAGACCUUCCAAGAGCUGUUUCAGAGGGCCAGUGUGGAAACACAGGUGCAUCCCAGAGCUGCAAAACUCACGUUGAGUCUCCUCAUGGCCAUGUAUGACAGCACAGGCAAGGGUGCUCUCAAGCUUCUGCUCGUGGCUGCUGCCCCCAUUGUGCUCUCAAGGGACAGCCCUCUGACAAAAUACGGAGCUCUUUUUCAGCUCUAUACAGAAAAUAACAAAGGAGGUUAUGAAUCCAGGGCACACAUCACUCAAAGGGUUUUGAGAAAUUUACUAACAGAUCUACAGCAGGUCAAUUCUUAAUACUCAAACAGUCUGGUUUUUACACCCGUGGACAGCGCUGUCCACAGCUGUUUCCAAGGGGUGUUGAGCCCAGGAAUCAAGGAGGAGAAAUUCCUGUCUUGGGUGCAAUCCGAGCCUGUCAUCCUCCUGUGGCUCCCAAACUGCUACCGACUGUCAGCCACAGAAACGGUCACUCACCUGCGCUGCAGCAUUGGCAGGACCUUUCUGAUCAUGGGACUGAGAUACCACUGUCUGAAGUGUCUCAACUUUGGCAUCUGCCAGGUGUGUUUCUUAUCUGGUCUCAACAGCAAGUCCCACCCUAAGUCACAUCCUGUAAUUGAACACUGUCAGAUGUCAGCAAAGGAGAAUACAAAACUUCUCCUCAGGAUGCUCAGAAACAACCUCUCCUGGGGUGCUGUCAGGGAAAAGGAUCUGAGAAGGCUGUGGCUGCCGAACCAGAUGACACUGGAGGACCCAGCUUACCACAAACAGACCAAGGUCCUUAAAAAGCAAUUAAACCGAUACAAAGACAAGUUGGGAGCAAUAUACAUCUCCCAGGAAGAAAUAAGUUGCAGAUCUGAAACAAAGAUUCAGGAACUCAGAAGCAACCAGGAUAGUCUAUGGUCCAAGCUACAGCAAAUGCAACAGGACAUACACGCAAUGUUGCAGCCACUCCAUCCCUCAUCUUCCUGUCAGCAUAUGGUGUCCAAGGUUGAUCAUUCUUCAGCUGAUAAGUUUUGGAAGGAAGGAGAUUCUUCUCGGAUCAAGAAUGUCAGAGGAUCAUCUGAGGGUAAACCUCUUCCUAACCCUGCUCUGGUUGACAGAAGCCAAGUAAAUGCAGAGCAUGCGCCACCAGAUUCAGAAUCACCAGUAACCAUGCUGCAAACUACCAGUGCACAAAGCCACUCACAAAAGAUACCAAAGAAAAUCCUCAGCUCCCUGCCCAGUUGUCAGCAGGGACUACUGCAGGACAAGUCCCAAAUUUCUCCUUUUGAAAUGACCAGCACUGCUCAGGCAUCCAUGGGAAGGAAAGAGAUAGUUAACAUCGCAGAAAGAAAGGAUUAGCUGGAAGAAGAGGAACUGCAAGAACUAUUGUCAAAACUCAUGGAUGGAUUCAAUCUAGAAGUGCCGUCAGAUCCCCAGUCUUCAGUGAACAUGGAUCUGUAUGGUGGAGCUGAACAGGUGUGCAGGGCUUUCUCUGCCCUUGUGGAUCAAAUCACUUUGCCCAACUUGAAGUGA